AUGCGUUUCUCCACUAUCGUCCUCCCAGCUCUUGCUGGCUUCGCGCUCGCAGCGGAAACCAACCCCGCCGCCUCCGCAUCAUCCGCCCUAUCAUCCGCCGCCUCAUCAGCCGCCUCAUCAAUGGCAUCCUCCAUGUCAUCCGAGGCCACAAAGACAGAGGCGAAGACUACCGCUACUGAAGCGAAGUCGACUGACGCGACAUCAACUGGCGCGGCUGUUGCUAUCGGUGCUGGAGAAGCUGGAGGCGUCGUGGUCGCUGCUUUGGGAAUUGCUGCUUUGAUGUUCUAG